AUGUUUCCCGAAGAUCUACCAGGUACUCUGCUCGAUAGACAAAUGCAGUUCAUGAUAGAUCUGAUACUUGGAGCUACUCCUGUGUCUAAAGCCCCAUACCAAAUAGCACCAAAGAAAUUACAAGAGUUGAAGAUGCAGCUUGAAGAACUUCUAGACAAAGGGUUCAUUAAACCAAGUGUAUCUCCAUGGGGAGCUCCGUUAAAGGUCACCUCCGUGCUCUCAACAAUUGAUCUAAGGUCAGGCUAUCAUCAGUUGAAGAUUAAGUGGGUUGACAUACCAAAGACGGCGUUUAGGACCCGAUAUGGGCAUUAUGAGUUUACAUUCACUCAUAAGGGUACUAAGAUCGUAUGGUUGGAGAAAUAUGAACAAAGUUUUCAAGAGUUAAAGGACAGGCUCGUAUCUGCACCGGUUUUAACUAUUCCCGAUGGUUCAGAAGGUUUUGUGAUUCACAGUGAUGCAUUCAAGCUUGGUUUAGGAUGUGUUUUGAUGCAACAUGGGAAACAAGUGAAGGCUGAACAUCAGAAGCCGUCAAGGCUGUUGAACCCUAUGGACAUACCCGAAUGGAAAUGGGAAAAGAUUGCAAUGGAUUUUGUCAUUGGUUUUCCUAGAUCAAUGAGUGAUCAUGAUGCAAUUUGGAUGAUUGUAGAUCAAUUGACAAGAUCUGCUCAUUUUCUGCCAGUCCGAACAACCUAUAGCUUAGAACAAUUCGCACAGGUUUAUAUCAGAGAGAUUAUGGGGCUUCAUGGUGUUCCAAUUUCUAUCAUAUCUGACAAAGACCCAAGACUGACGACUUUCAAGAUUGGAGAGGAAGUAUUUCUCAAAGUGGCACCAAUGAAGGGAAUACUACGAUUUGGAAAGAAAGGGAAGCUAAGCCCUAGAUUUAUCGGUCCAUUUGAGAUUCUUGAAAAGAUUGGGAAUGUGGCAUAUCAAUUAGCAUUGCCACCCGAGCUUUCAGCAGUGCACAACGUAUUUCACAUUUCUAUGUUGAGAAAGUAUAUUUUAGAUCCUAACCAUGUUGUGAAUAUUCGAUCAUUGGAUGUCCAGAGUAAUAUGACGUAUGAAGAAGCUCCUGCAGUGAUUCUGGAGAGAAAAACCUUGUUUGAGAAAUCAAAGGGUUUCAUUAGUCAAAGUUGA